AUGUCAACCAACAACAACAACACCCUGACCACCCCGGUCCCCCAGAGGCCGUCCAUGUGCCCUCGCCAGCUCUCCAGCAGCAGCUUCGCCUCGGCCUUUGAGGUGGCCCGCACCAAGCUCAGCGAGCUCGGAGUCGAGGAGCCAGACACCGACGACGACGACAACACUCUUUCCCCCUUUUCCAGCUCGUCGGGAGAAGAGGAUGACUCCGACUCCUCUCCUUACUCUCCCUCAGUCGAGAGCGACUCCAGCACCAGCGAAGCCGCUUCACCACUCCACUCUCCCCUGACCGCUCCCGUCACACCAGCAAGCCUCGACCCAGAUGUCGCCGACAACUUCGCCUUUGCCUUUGACAUCGACGGCGUUCUUGUCCGCGGCGGGAAGCCCAUCCCCGAGGCCAUCGAAGCGAUGAAGGUCCUCAACGGGGAGAACCCCUUCGGCAUCAAGGUCCCCUACAUCUUCCUCACCAACGGCGGCGGCAAGUUCGAGACUGAGCGCUGCCGGGAUCUGUCCCGCCAGCUCGAGAUUGAUGUUUCUCCUGGCCAGUUCAUCUGCGGCCACACUCCCAUGAGGGAGUUUGCCAACAAGUACGGCACCGUCCUCGUCGUCGGCGGGGAGGGAGAAAAGUGCCGCGAGGUUGCCGAGUCCUACGGCUUCCGGGAUGUCAUCACUCCAGGCGACAUCAUCAAGGCCAACGCCGCCACUGCCCCUUUCCGCGCCUUGACCGAGUCUGAGAUCAAGAACUCUCGUGAUCUCCUCGCAAGAGGGGGGAAGAUGAGCGACAUCGUCGUCGAGGCCGUCUUUGUCUUUGCCGACAGCCGGGACUGGGCCUCGGACCUGCAGAUCAUGCUCGACAUUGCCCAGUCCAAGGGCGGCAGAUUGGAAACCCGCUCCGAGAACUUUGACGAGGGUCCUCCGAUCUACUUCAGCCACAAUGACGUUCUCUGGUCGGCGGCGCACGAGCACGUCCGACUGGGCAUGGGCGCCCUGAGGAAGAUUGUCGAGACAGUGUUUGAGGACGUGUCCGGCGGCAGGAAGCUCAAGACGCACGCGUUCGGCAAGCCGCAGGUGAGCACAUUUGAGUUUGCGACCCGGCUGCUCCAGCAGUGGAGGGCCACCCAGCACGGGCUGGCCGAGAGUGAGCCGCCCGAGACGGUCUACUUUGUCGGCGACACCCCCGAGAGCGACAUCAAGGGGACGAACGCCAUGAACGAGAAGAGCAAGAAUGAGUGGUACAGCAUCUUGGUCAAGACGGGGGUGUACCAGGCCGGCACCGAGCCGAAGCACAAGCCCAGAAAGCUGGUGGACACGGUGCUGGACGCGGUGAACCACGGAAUCAGGAGGGAGAUGGCCAAGCUGGGGACGAGGAAGGAUGGCAAGGGGAGGAAGCUGCCCUUGGAUGAUGCCGCGCUCAAGGCAAUUAGCGAGGGGAGGACGCCCAACUUUGAGCUGAGCGCCGAUCCCUUUGCCAAGGCGGUUGAGCAGCAGCAGGUGCAAUGA